AGGGUUGUGAUCUCCGGAAUGGCGGGCCUCUACCCUGACUCGCAUAAUGUUAAAGAGUACCGCGAUAUUCUUUACAACAAGGUAAACCCAACGGCUACGAAAAGUGCUCGUUGGGAGUACAAUCACCCGGAGGUCGCUCAAUACACAGGAAAAGUACCAGAGCUGCAGUAUUUCGAUGCGCAAUUCUUCAAAGUGCACAAUCGCCUCGGAAACUCAAUGGACUCCAUGGGGAGGAAGAUUCUUGAACAAGCAUUCGAUGCUAUUUACGAUGCAGGUUUAAGCCCAGAGCAAUUGUCUGGCACAAAAGUUGGAGUUUACGUUGGUACUUGCUUCUCAGAAACCGAAAAAGCUUGCUUCUAUGUAGUUACCUCAAGAACAGGUUUUGGUAUACCAGGAUGCAGUAAAACAAUGUUUGCCAAUCGAAUUUCCUACUGGUUGAACGCUAAGGGACCCUCAAUGUCUGUUGACCAGGCCUGUUGCAGUUCUACAGUCGCUUUGGAUCUGGCCUACCAAGCUAUCAUGCACGGAGAAAUUGAUUGUGCUAUCGUUGGUGGAGCCAAUCUUUGUUUGCAUCCACACUCUUCUGUGCAUUAUGGACGAAUCAUGCCCAUAAGUAAAGAUGGAAAAACAAAAUCGUUCGAUAAGGACGCAAGUGGAUGUACAAGAUCUGAAGCUAUCAAUGUUUUGUUCCUACAAAAGGCAAAAGAUGCACUGAGGGUAUAUGCUGAAGUUAUUCACAUAAAAUCCGAAUUCAGCGGUUUAAUUGAAGGAAAAAACGGACCUAAAUAUGGUUUUUAUCGAGAACCAAAUGACUUAGCGGUAUUUUUGAAUAACUUUUACAAAGAAGCUAAUGUGCCUCCUCAAGCUGUCAAAUACGUGGAAGCGGUUGGAUCUGCUACUCCGGAAGCAGACAAGGCAGAAUUAGAUGCUUUAGAUAAAGUGUUUUGCGAAAAUCGAGACGAUCCCCUAUUUGUUGGCAGCGUGAUGUCUAACAUUGGCUAUGGAGAAGCGGCAUCUGGAGUGUCUGCUAUAACUAAAGUACUUUUGGGUUAUGAGAAUGGUAAACUUGCAGCUAAUCUAAACUGUGAGAAUCCAAGAAAUGACGUUGAUGCAUUGCGCAAUGGAAAAAUUCGCAUUGUAACUGAGCACCAGCCCUUUGGAGGUGGUUAUGCCGCUGUCAAUGGACUCUCAGUUACUGGUGUGAAUGCGCAUGUAUUGCUACGUGGUCUCAAUAAACCAAAGGAUUUAAAUCGUUACAAGAGCAAUAUCCCUCAUCUGGUAACGAUAUCGGGCAGACAACAAUCUGGUGUUGAAAAGAUAUUAGAGGACUUGAAGAGCCGCCCGAUCGAUCCAGAAGAACUUGCCCUUUUUCAUAACAUUCACCAAACUAGAAUCAGCGGGCAUUUGGGAAGAGGAUUCAUAAUAUUAGACACAAAUGAGAACAAUGAAACAGUAAGCAUUAGCCAAAAAGCUAACUACUUCGAUGAUGCAGCUCGCCCCUUAUGGUUCGUGUAUAGUGGGAUGGGCUCGCAGUGGGCCGGGAUGGGUGCACAACUUAUGCGCAUACCUGUCUUUGCUACAGCUAUAAAACGCUGCCAUAAGGUGCUUGAGCCGAAAGGAGUGGAUUUAAUUAACAUCAUCACUUCAUCAGACAAGAAAAUCUUCGACAAUAUCCUACACUCAUUUGUUGGAAUUGCUGCAACACAAAUUGGACUUACCGAUGUACUUACAGAAUUAGGAAUUGUACCUGAUAAAAUUAUUGGUCACAGUGUGGGUGAGCUAGGUUGUGCAUAUGCAGACGGCUGCCUUACAGCAGAAGAGACGAUCCUCUCUGCCUACAGCCGCGGGCUCGUGUCUGUACAGACUCCAUUCAUUAAGGGAUCUAUGGCUGCAGUUGGAAUUGGGUACCAACAGAUUUCAAAAAUGUGUCCACCUGAAAUUGAAGUAGCGUGUCACAACAGUUCUGAAUCGUGUACUAUCUCUGGGCCAGCGGAUAUUAUGAACGAGUUUGUUGAGUCUCUGACCGCUAAGGGCAUAUUUGCUAAGGAAGUUCCGUGUUCCAAUAUUGCCUAUCACUCAAAAUAUAUUGCUGAUGCAGGACCUGGCCUGUUAAAAUACUUGAGUGAAGUUAUAAAGACACCUCGCCUACGUACCGAGCGCUGGGUAUCGACAUCCAUUCCUGAAGAACGAUGGGGCGAACCUCUUGCAAAGUAUUCCUCAGCAGAAUAUCACACGAAUAAUUUACUCAAUCCAGUUCUAUUCGAAGAGACAUCUCACCACAUACCAAAGAAUGCGGUGCUCGUAGAAGUAGCUCCGCAUGGACUCCUGCAAGCGAUUCUGAAACGCUCUUUACCUAACUGUACAAAUAUUCCUCUCACUCGCCGAGGUCAUGCCGAUAAUGUUGUGCAUUUGUUGGAAGCUAUUGGAAAUUUGUACAUGGAAGGAUACAACCCAAAAGUUCAAGCGCUGUACCCUAAAGUAGAAUUCCCAGUAUCUACUGGCACACCGAUGCUCGGACACUUGAUAGAAUGGGCGCAUGUGGAAAAAUGGAAUCUACCCUUGUACGUAUCUGCUCAUAGAAAGAUGGCAUCAGCCUGCAAUUUUGUUCUAUCCGUACAUGAUGAUGAUCACAGUUAUUUGAGUGGGCACAUCAUCAAAGGUAAAAACUACUAUCCCUUCUCUGCUGCCCUGGUAGCAGUGUGGGACACUCUAGCGAUGAGUUUGGGGAUGAAGAAGAAGAGUAUUUCUGUUCAGUUCCAAAACGUGCUGUUUCAAGCUCAGCCUCUGUUACACAACAGAAGACAGCUGCGCCUAAGUGUAGCACUACACAGAGGCAAUGGACAGUUUGAGGUUACUAAUGAAAGCAUUGCCGUUGCUACUGGGAGUAUCAAAAUAUUUGAUAAGGGCAAUGACCAACGUUUAUACAAGCUUCCAGUUGAAAAUAAAGAACCAAUGACGCUCCAGGCUGAAGAUAUCUACAAAUUACUUUACACCCGUGAUUAUCACUACAGGGAUGACUUCCGGAGUAUUAUUGCGGCGAACCAGUCACUAACCAAGGCUAAUAUUCAUUGGAAAAAAAAUUGGGUGACCUUUAUUGAUGGCCUGUUACAAUUAAAUGCACUGCGGGUAACAAAUACAUCCGUGUCUCAACUGGACUCUAUGAGAAAUAUGACAAUAAAUAUUGAACAACAUAAGAUACAUGUCGACGCCAACGUUCUAACAGCUGAUGUUCUGGAAGUUUUUGACUGUACUAGGUGUGGUGGGAUCAUUAUAGAAAAUCUAAGAUUCUUUGAUUUGCCUAUGGUAAAAACGGACGGUAGUGUCAUCAAUCACUUAAAAUUUAUACCGCAUAUUACAAAUAACCAGUUAGAUGAAACAUCUGCAUUAAGUGUACUCCUUCAAAUAGUCCGUGAAAAUGUAAAUAAUGAUAAAAUUACCGCCAUUAAAAUAUACAACAAUUCUAUUAACGCAUCAGGAACAUGUGCUGUUACUGUCAAAACAGAAUCCGAUUUGUCACAUCUACGAUGCUUAGUGGAUUCUUUACCUUUACAUCAAAGACUUCUCGUGUUUGCUCAAUAUCCACCUCUUCCUCAUUUGAAAAGUUUGGUUAACCUGUUUAGAAUACAGGGGCGCAUAUUUAAUUUAUAUAUGAUUAACGAGGAAUUGAAUGGAGAUAAUUUAAUAGAAGAUUUACCUGCAUCUGACUUGGCCAUUUAUGUUUUGGAUCACGGAGUUUGGGGGGGUAAGUACUAUGUUCCAAGAAGAAAACUGUAUUGCACGGGCCAGAGCGCUAUGUUGCAAAGUUCAAUAGUUGGACGUGUCGAGUCAUUAAAAUGGUUCGAAACACCUAAAGUGUUUGACUCUGGAAUGUGUGUUCAGGUUCAUUAUGCUGGAAUUAAUGAUCUGGAUGUUAAGAGGGCUUUUGGUGUAAUUUCAUUUGGUGAAAACAAUAUGAAAAGUUAUUAUGGAAUGGACUUCAGUGGAGUGACACAAAAUGGUACAAAAGUUAUGGGCUUGAUCAAAGGCGGUUCAGUGAGCAGUCAAAUUAAAGCUAAUCCAAACCUCUUGUGGCCAGUGCCAGAACAUUGGACACUCGAAGACGCAGCAACGGUACCUUUGGCAUACUGCAUGGCAUUUUACGCGCUGAAUAACAGAGCAAGAUUCUACCCAGGCAUCAGAGUUUUGAUUCACUGUGGUACCGGCGCUUUAGGACAAGCUGCUAUAUCCAUAUGUUUAGCCCACAAUUGUGAGGUUUAUACUACAGUUAGCGAUUGUAGCAAGAAACACUUCCUUAAGAAGCUGUUUCCACAACUGAAAGAAGAAAACAUUGGAAAUUCGAGAGAUGUGACAUUUGGAGACAUGAUUCUGUCGAAUACUAAAGGCCUUGGCUGCGAAAUAGUUCUUGGCGGCCUAAAGGGUGAACUGAAAAAUGUAAGUUUGAAAUGCUGCGCAUCAUCUGGAAUAACAAUAGAUACAACUUUAAUCACUAAUCGCGAGGAAUUCAAUUUUGGAAUGCAAAUGCUUACAAAAGACAGAUCGUUUAAAACAAUAAACUUUUCAUCAAUAUUUGAACAUGGAGCGGAGCAAGAAAUGAAGCAACUCCAAUUGCAACUAAGUGAAGGUAUAAGCCGAGGCUACGUUCGUCCUUUGACUCGUAUAGUGUACGCUCCUGACGAAGUGACAAGGGCGUUUAAUUUGGUCGCAAAUAGUAAACACCGCGGCCGAGUGCUGAUUGACAUGAAACAGGACAUUUGUGUGGAAAAAGCAAGGUACUUUGCCGUUAUAAACAACGAUAAUGUAAUUGGAGAACAGGUAAUAUCGACAAGAGAAAGAGAUGGUAAACCGGCUACUCUUAUAAAACUUCCGUCGCUGUUAAAGGAUAAAUAUUACGACGGAGAGCAUCAAAUGUCAAUAAGGAGUGCUAUUGAUGCCGUUGAAGAGGCAUUGUUGUCUCAAGAAGCAGUCAGCCAAGCACAACUUGUAUCAGCAGAUAACAAAUCUUUGUUAGACGAAAUUACUAAAUGGGCUGGAGUAAAACUUCCAACAAUACUAGAUGAGAACCUUACAUUGUCAGACUUUGACAUGGAUUUAGCCCGAGCACAGCUUGUGCAAGCUGGUUUGAGAAAUGAGUACAACAUAUCCUUCCGUGAAGGUGAAAUACCCAAUCUUACCAUAAAAAGAAUUAGAAAAAUAGAAGAAAUGCUGUAUGCAUCAGAGUUUAAGGACACUACGGGUUUGGACACGUUUUAUUCUUACGUGGAUUCGGAUGAACUCCUUGCCACAACUGAGAUGGCAUUUUUGUCCACAUUGACCAACAGUUCAUCUAUGCGUCACGAGGAAUUCGACUCAAGCCAAAAGUUCCUGUGUAUUAUUCCCGGUGUGGAAGGACAUUACAAGCGCUUCUCAGAAAUGUGUGAGACACUGAAAUUACCAGCUUUGGUGUUACAACCAGGUUUAUCAAUGGCUCCAAAAGAAACAUUACAAGAUAUUGCAGUACGCUUUGCUGAGACUCUACUAAAACAGACUGAACUGAAAGAUAACUUCUAUCUACUGGGUUACGAGUCGGGAGUCAUCAUAGCUUUAGAAAUGGCAGCCAUCUUGGAGGAACACGGUCUGACUGGUGUAGUAUAUUGCAUUGGAGGUGCGCCUAAAGAGAUUCAAAUGCAAUUCACCUCGAAACUCCAACAAUUUCAAGACGAGACUUCACUUCAAGAAGCCGUGGGCAGACACAUGGUGGAGGUUAUGUUGGGACAAUGUAGUGCUUCACUAGAAAAAUCCUUUGAGAAGGCUCAAACUUGGAAGGAAAAAGUAGACAUCUGUGUAAGAGAUUUGAGAGGACGAGUCAAUCAUUCGGCCCAAUAUGCUAGAGAGCUCAUAGAGACGGCAUAUUCGCGUAUUGUACAAGUCAGAAAUUAUUCAUCGAAGCCUCAGAAAUUGCGCUCGCUGCUUAUUCUGAUGAAACCUGAUGACUGGUCUACAAAGUUCUCGGAUAAAUCCUCUUUACGGGAUUAUUCUUUGCAACCAAUUGUUGAAUAUCAACUGAAGGCACCAUUAGCUUACGCAACUCAAGAUCUGCGCUGUGCUGGAAUAAUAAACAGACAUCUUGAUGAAGAAAUACUGAAAGCAUUUGAGCACAAGAACACCUGUGAGACAUAUUUACUUAAUGCGGACACUUUUAUGACAAUAGCAGAUGUUUAG